AUGGUUGGCGUUCCCGGAAAGUAUAAGGGUUGCGAGACCUGUCGCCGCCGCCGCGUCACUAUCUGGGAUCUAAGCUGGGGGUGCACCAAUGAGCGCCCCCAUUGCCGCAAGUGCCUCACGAGCGGUCGAGAAUGCGAGGGAUACGAGCGGGAGAGAGUCUUCAUCACGGGAACGCUCGAGGAUCGUGGCCGCGUAGCCUCGCACCCGAAGCGCGUGACGUCGACCAAGAAGCAGAGCUCCAAAUCUCCACAGCCUAAGCGAGAGCGCUCCGGAUCACACUCACCAAGGUUUCCCCAGACACUGAAUAACUCGGCCUGGGACGAUAACCUAGACCUCUCUCAUGGUGGCAAGAACAUCGCUGCGCUCCACACCAGCCUGCAUACCAUUGUGCGAUCCACAGGAGCGGCGCUCGACGGCAACGGAUUUGGCAUUGCGCUGCCCCCUUACUCGCCGGUCGAGUUGCACCAUGAUCACAAUGGACAUGUUGGCGGCCAAAACUUGCCGCUUUGGGUCAGCGCCCAGUGCCUGCUGUGUCACCGUGGGAUCCAAGGUGGCUCUCAGUCUGCCGACAGCUACUGUCUCUUUUUGUUCGAGCAGGCGUCGCCCGCAGCAAACUGGGGGAUUGCCUCGGAAUCCAUGAUUCAGCGGCUCGGGGCAGCCAGCUGCGCGUCCUUUCCCAACCACCAGUUUUUUGUCCGCGUCUAUCGCCCCAUUGGUGUGUGUCUGGCCUUGCUGAACCGCCGAGAGACGUUUCUGUCGGACCCGGAGUGGGCCACAUUGCCGUGGAAGAAGCACCGAAAGUCGUCCCUCGACGCGCUAUUCGACAUCAUGCUGCGACUGCCCCCCGUUUUUGCCCAGACGGACGGCUUGAUUCCGCAAGCACCCUCGGUCGAGCGCCGCUACAAGGCCCAGGGCCUGCUGCAGAACUGCCUGAUGCUUGAGCGACAGUUCGCGGCCUGGCUGAGCCAGUCCAUGGGGAGCGCCGAAAACUUCCAGGCCGUGGAGAGGGCCGCUGCCCUGAGCAACAUGUACGAGUUUCACGACGAGCUGACUGCUUUUACCAUGCUCAACUACUGGAUGUCCCAGAUCCUCUUUCACCGCUGCGUCUUGGAUCUGAUUGCCGUCGUCGACCAGGCAGUGCUGGACUCGUACACUGGCGUGUGGCUCACCCUGCCGCGCAGCUUGCAGGUCGACCCGUUGCGAUACCACGACGGUCGCGACAUGGCCGCCAAGAUUUGCCGCGGACUCGACUCCGCCCUCGAUCGCACUUCGCAGCCCGACAUGCUGGUGGCGCCGAUGACGGUCGCCCUCGAUUUUUACCGCCAUCUGCAAAUGGCGUCGCAGGACGGAAGCUUUGAGAGCAUGGCGUCGCAAGAGGGCGUUUUUGAGACUCUGGAGCUUGAACUUUUCAGGACACGCCUGAUUGCCAAGGGCCAAGCCGUCGCCAACAAUCUGCAGGGUCAGAUUUGGGACGAGAUUGCGCAGUUUUGA